CCGGGGACGCAGGGGGCGGUGGGUGCGGAUGUCCGUGGACGCGUGGGGCCUGGGACGCGUGGGGUGGGCGACACGCGGGGCCGUGGGCGCGGGCCCAGUCCUCGGCGCUCCGUCCCGCAGGAAACUCGCUGAUGGCCCCAGUGGGCCGCUGGCAGAAGGGCCGCGACCUCACCUGGUACGCCAAGGGCCGGGCGGACGGCGCGGGACUGAGCCGGGAGCAGGAGCUGGCGGCCGUGAGGCAGGCGGAGCAGGAGGCGCUCAUGGCGGCUCUAGGCUACAAGAACGUGAGGAAGCAGCCCACGGGCCUGAGCAAGGAGGUGAGGGCUGGGUCCUCUGGGAGGGGGCGCGGGCAGGGGUAGGGGCUGACCCCGCGCUGCUGCGAGCCCUGCCCGCCGCCCUCCCUCGCUCCCUGCAGGACUUUGUCGAGGUCUGUAAGAGAGAAGGAGGCGACCCUGAGGAGAAGGGAGUAGACCGGCUCCUGGGCCUGGGGAGCUCCAGUGGCUCUGCAGGCCGAGUGGCGCUGUCCCGAGAAGACAAGGAGGCUGCUAAGCUGGGGCUCUCCGUGUUCACGCACCACCGUGUCGAGAGCAGUCGACCAGGGGCCUCCCCGGCCUCCACUUCUGCCAGGAAGAAGCAGCGAUCGGAGGAGAAGCCAGAGCCGGGCCCCGAGAGCCACAGGAAGAGGAGGAAAGAGAAGAAGAAAAAGAAAAAGAAGGAGAAGAAGAAACACAAGAAAGAGAAGAGGAAGAAAGAACAGCACAGGGCUGGGGCAGCCUCCUCGAAGCCCCCGACUCCUGCCCGGCCCGGACACCGCAGGCACGACUCGGACUCCUCCUCGCCCUGCUGCAAGAGGCGGCGACGGCAAGACAGUGACUGAGGCCCUGCCCGGACCACCCCCACCACACAGCCCUGGAGGGGCCACCCUCAGUGAAGCCUCCGGCCCAGGGAGCUGGACAGCCAGCACAUGGGGGCCCUGAAGGAGGAGAGGUGGCUGAGCCCUGAGCUGGCCCCAGACCCACCCGGGGAGGCCCUGCCUGCCUGGGAGGUUCAGCCACCCCAGGUCCCCUGAGCAGCUUAGCUGUGGCUAAGUAGGGCUACUUAAGUUUUUCUUCACAUUGACUCACUCUUUGUAUGUAAAUAAACUUAUUUUAAGGGGAAAA